CAAACAAACCCAGAGCAGCUAUCACUUGGUAUGCACUAGAUAUUUAGCUAUUUCGAAAGAUUCGAGUACACCUACUUAAAACCGUGUUAAAUUAAAAACGAGGAGUAAAAAGGAGGGCUUAUAGUUCCAGUCGCGGAUGAACACAUUUGUUUACAUUGUAGUGCGUCCUGCGCUGCGCGAGCGCGGUUUCAGUAGCGCGAGGCAGCGCGAGCUGCGUGUGAAGCUGUUCCUGCUGCUCCUCCGAAACAAACCUCUCUUCAGCAAAGUUUCGCCAAUACCUCUGUUAAACAAACUCUAUCCCGCGACAUGCAGGAAUCCAAGACAGAUCAAGCAGCCAACAGCAGUCCAGCUGGCCAGGAGCGACUGAGCUUGGGCGUGGAGCAAGUGAUCAAUGAGACACCAGUAAAAACAUCUACACCCGGCACACACCCGAUACAACAGGCACUUCAAGUUGCUCAACAACAGCAGAGUGGGGAGAAGUCCCAGAAGAGUGUGGAGAAGGAGCCAGAAACCCAGGUGCCUGUUUCGCUGGCCAUGAUGACCCCUCAGGUGAUCACGCCUCAGCAGAUGCAGCAGAUCCUUCAGCAGCAAGUCCUGAACCCGCAACAGCUCCAGCUGCUGUUACAGCAACAACAGGCUCUGAUGUUGCAGCAACAACAGCUCCAGGAGUUCUACAAAAAGCAGCAGGACGAGCUCCGACUGCAGCUCCUCCAGCAGCAGCACACUGGCAAAACCAGUAAAGAGCAGCAGAUGCUUGCCCAGCAGAUGGCUGUCCAGCAGCAGCUUCUCUCUCUUCAACAGCAGCAUCUGCAGAGGCAAGGACUGCUGACUCUCCCGGCCACAGCACUCACCUCACUGCCCCAGAGUCUGAUUCCUGCAGAGCUGCAGCAGUUGUGGAAAGAUGUGACCGAGGUUAGAUCGGAGGAAAAGAGCAGUGGUGACAAGUCACCUUCUUCUUCUAAACCGUCUGUUCUUAACCAGCAGCCCAGUACCAAUGGACACCACACACCCCGGCCAAUCAGGAGAGAGAGUUCACAGGAGGCCCAGAGCAAUCACCCACUCUAUAGCCACGGUGUGUGUAAGUGGCCUGGCUGCGAGGCUGUGUUAGGAGACUUCCAGUCAUUCCUCAAGCAUUUAAACAGUGAGCAUGCACUGGAUGACAAGAGCACAGCUCAAUGCAGAGUUCAGAUGCAGGUUGUUCAACAGCUUGAACUGCAGCUAGCAAAAGACAAAGAACGUCUCCAGGCCAUGAUGGCCCACCUCCAUGUCAAAUCUACUGAGUCUAAGCCAACUCCACAGCCAGUGAAUUUGGUUUCCAACCUCACACUGGCUAAGGCCACUGCUCCCAAACCCACUCCCUCCAUGAGCCUUUCCCAGAGUGCCACGACGCCAUCGACACCACUCACACCACUCCCUCAGACUCCCAGUGUCAUCAUCCCCAGCAGCCUGCACGCCGUGGGGCCCGUUCGCAAACGCUACUCUGACAAAUGCAACCUGGCUAUGGACCAAGACAUUGUGCAGAAUAAGGAGUUCUAUUUGAGCACUGAGGUCAGACCCCCGUUUACAUAUGCAGCUUUGAUAAGGCAGGCGAUUUUUGAGUCCCCAGAAAAGCAGCUAACACUAAACGAAAUCUACAACUGGUUUACGCGAACCUUUGCGUAUUUUAGACGCAACGCAGCAACUUGGAAGAAUGCAGUACGGCAUAACCUCAGUCUCCACAAGUGCUUUGUGAGAGUGGAGAAUGUGAAAGGAGCUGUUUGGACUGUGGAUGAACUGGAGUUUCAGAAGAGAAGACCUCAGAAGAUCACUGGAUCACCCUCUCUGGUUAAGAACAUCCAGUCAAGUCUUGGCCAGAGCCCUGCUCUGUCUGCUCUGCAAGCUGCGAUGGUGGACAGCAGCUUGCCGCUGUAUGGUUCUGCCUCUGUAGGAGGCUCCAGCCUCAAGACUCUGGCCAGCAUAAUGCAUGAAGAACUGAGUGCUCAUGGGCAUGACGAUGGCUCCCACAGUGACUCCAGCCUUGAUCUAUCUCCUAUGACUGCUCUACAACAUGCUGGACUUAAAGGGCAGCAAAUGGAGAGCGAGUACUUGGAUAGCUCCAUGUCUCCAGAGAUGGGAGAUGGACACAGCCCUGAUAUGGAUCAUGAAAUGGAUUAUCCUGAAGAGCACGAGCCGCACACUGCUCAUCCCAUUGCGUUUUCUUGAAGCCCAGCCAUUCCACAGCCACUUAACCAGCUAAUCAGUGUACCAGCAGACUUGGAGAAUGUCCACAUAUUCCACUUGGGAACAAACUAUUUAUUCUUGGAGCUACCUGUCAUCAUUUUUUUUUGUAUGCAGGGGAUUGACCUCAACGGUACUAAAGGGCUUCUCUGUGUCGAGCUCACACACGUAACGGUUAGCCCAUAGACUAGCAGAGGAUGUUCAGGGCUAUUCAGCUAUUGCUUAUGUGUCUUGAGUCUACAAUUUAAAAUAAAAUAAGCACUACACACUACCUAGAUGGAGAUCCUAAUCACUGUAAUCAGGUGAUUUAUGUUAUGAUUAUCGCAAAUACUAUUUUUGACACUAGAAGCACCUAGGGCCAGACUUUGUUCAGUUUUACUGUAGUAUGUGUAGGAACUCUGGGAACUUUAAUUCGCCCUGCGUCUUCUCGCAUCUGCUAAACUGUUUUUAAUCACCACUGCCUCAAAACGAUGCGGUUAGUCACCAUAUUGAGUCACAUUUGACCCUAAGUAUGUGCCUGCCCAUUAAUUAUAGGUCUGCUCACUGAAGUUGUGAAUGUCUUUUGAACUUUGCUUUCUUUUUUUCUUUUCUUUUCUUAGUAGAACCAAAACCAAAGGGGAACAUUUUAUAACUAGCACUUGAUGAAUUUAUUUUUUAAUUAUUAGAAUUUUUUUUUUGUUUGUUUCCACUUUUUUGUAUAGAAUGUUACGAUAUUAAAAUACAUAGAAACAUCCUAACAGAAUGGCCAAAAUGUUUGUUCUAUUGAUGGAGUCACAGUGAGUUACAGCAAAUGUCUGUGUAUUUGUGUGGAACAACAUUUUUGGCUAGUUUUUCUGUAGGUGUUCUUCCCCUGCUAUAGAUCUCAGCAACAGUUACCAAAGAUUGUAAAUGGCUUUUUAUGAUAUGUACUUUGUUUACAUGGUCCCUUUUGAUAUACCCGCAACUGAAAUGUUUGCCUUACAGCUAAGUCGGGACUCAGUGGACUGUGCUGAGUGUCCUUAACGUUGCAUGGAAUGUGUAAUGUUUAAACCUGAUUGGACAUAAAGAAUGAAAAAUUAUGAAAAGUCUCAUCUUUUCUCAAACUUUUAAGUGUGAGAUGCGUGAGUUGUUGAUUCAAACAGCAUGUAGUUGUCUGCAGUAUAGUACUCGGAGUUAAAGUAGCCUGUUAUAAAGCAGCCAUAAUUCUUGUGACUUGUUGUGGUCUCUGGGUUCAUGCUGGAAGUGGUGGUGAAAGAGAAGCUUUUGUACUGUCUGUAGGUUUUCAGUCAUUUUCAGUGUCUUCUUCUUGUAACUCUACAGCGUUGCACUUUUUAUAACCUCGAAACCCCUGGGAUGAGUAGUGAAACGUGUUUAAGAUUAUAAUACACAGUCCAAUUGCCUUAACUUACUCCCACUAGACCUUUUGUAGACAAGUAUGGCAGUGAUUUCAGUCCCGGUUUACUUCUUUCUUUUUAGUAGUUCAGGUUUCUGUUCCCAAAACAUUUGAAGCAUUUCACUUUGGGCAACAUGACAAUCAACCUGUGGGUCACUUUUGAGCAGUUACUUCUAAAGUGUUGGACUUGCAGGAAUGUGUGUACUUAAUAAUCAGUGAAGAGACACACUUUAGAUGGUUUAGCCAUUUUUGAAAGCCUUUCAGCUUUAACAUGCACUGUUUAAAUACUGGGUGACCAAAAAUUCUCCAUAUACAGGGAACUAGGUUUGCCAGCACCACAUCAGUCGUGUCUUCAUUAGCGGAUGUUCACUUCCUUGAUUGACAAUCUUUGUUAAUAAGUUUGGCAGCAGUGUCGUGUGUGAUGUGCUUGCCAUGUUUCCUGUUAAAGUCCAUCAUGACCUUGCUCAGCUUCCCGAUCCAGCCAUGAGAAUGAUUUCAAUACCACCUUCUUUAGUCAAAGGCACUUCUUAAACACUAUCUGAAAAAAAUAUCAUACAAUCUAAGGAUGAAAAAUUUUUUGGAAGGCAUUUUGUUAAAAAGUGUUUAUUUCUGCCUAUGUAUGGAUAAUUUUGGACAUCCUGUAGUUGAAACUUUUUUUUUAAGUGAAUAUUUCCUUGGACACAUGAUUCUACUUUGAAAACUUGCUUGAAGCAGGCCAAAAUAAGUCAAGUGAUUAAGCUGAAAAUGUUGCCUUUACAUAUAAAAUACACAUUAUAUUUCAUAAAAAAAAAUAAACAUUGAUAAAGCAUCUACAUGGUACCACAGCUUUACAUUUAUUAUAUUCAUUUAUGCUUAUAUUGAAAAAAUAACAGUUUAAAAAUCCAUUUCAUAUAAAAGUGUCCUUCCAUUAAAUUUUUUUUUUUCAUCACUUUCCAAGCUGCAUCUGAGUGAAUAUAUUACUAAAUACAAAGAUCAACAAGAAAAUACAGAGUAAAUACAAUAUAUUAAAGCUGGCGGACAUGUCUGUCUCUUAGAAAGCCAUAAUGACUCUGAUACAUGCAAACAAAAUACAUGACUGAAUAAAGCUUAUAAAUAUACGAGUGCUCAGCAAAGCUUUUGUUAAGUAAAAACUUUAGACCUCCUUUUUACACUAACAUGG